AUGGUGGACUACUACGAGGUGCUGGGCGUGCCCCGCCGGGCCUCGUCCGAGGCCAUUAGGAAGGCCUACCGCAAGCUGGCGCUCAAGUGGCACCCGGACAAAAACCCCGAGAACAAGGAGGAGGCGGAGAGGAGAUUCAAGCAAGUGGCCCAGGCUUACGAGGUGCUGUCAGACGCCAAGAAGAGGGACGUCUACGACCGAUGCGGCGAGGCCGGGGUGGAGGGCGGCGGCGGCAGACCCUUCGAGGACCCCUUCGAGGACGUCUUCACCUUCCGCGACCCAGCCGAUGUCUUCAGGGAGUUCUUCGGCGGCCGGGACCCAUUUUCAUUUGAUUUCUUUGGAGACUCGCGUGAGAACAUUUUAGGGUGUCGGAGGAGCUCCCGGGGAAGCAGAUGCAGAGGAUCCGCACCCCUUUCCUCCACCUUCAGUGGAUUUCCAGCAUUUGGAGGUAGUUUUUCUUCUUUUGAUACAGGAUUUACUUCCUUUGGUUCCGUGGGGAACGGGGGCGUUUCUUCCUUCUCCAUGUCUUGCGGUAGUGGUGGGACGGGCAACUUCAAAUCCGUGUCGACUUCCACCGAAAUCAUUAAUGGCAAAAAAAUCACCACCAAGAGAGUCGUUGAGAAUGGCCAAGAAAGGGUAGAAGUGGAAGAAGACGGAGAGCUAAAGUCCCUGAUAAUAAAUGGCAAAGAGCAGUUGCUGCACAUUGACAUCAAGUGA